CGGGUCGAUUGGAAAAUUCGUUCGGCGUUUUUUUUUUUCCUUAUAUUAUUUGUGCCCUUUCGGCAUGCGGUGCACUUAGAACUUUUUUCCAACGUGAAUCGACGCGCAGUGCGAUCAACAAGUGACAAAAGGAUAAGCGACUUUACCUAGUAGGCCGUUAAUGAUUCUAGGCGAGGCAGCCGCGGCCAUGAUCAUCUCCAAGGAUCUAUUUCUUCUCGGAGACCAAGAUUACUUGCGCCUGCCCAAUAAAGACGAGAAAAGGUCCCAAGGGCCCAAUAUGGGCCGUACCAAUACUGCCCCCAAUCACAGAGUAGACUCAACUGCAGUCCAUUUUCCAUGUCUCCUAGACCAAAGGCCUUUGCCAGUCCAUCUGGCAUUCAGAGGCAUUUCCGUUUCGGUCGGUGGACGUCCCAUUUUGGAAGACGUCGACGGAUUGGUGCGUCCCGGCCAAGUUUUAGCUGUGAUGGGACCUAGUGGAUGUGGUAAAACUACCCUUUUGAACAGCCUCAGUGGUAGACUCAAGCUAGAUUCCGGUCAAAUUUAUUUCAACAGAGAUCCCCUAUGCAAACGAUGGAAACGUAAAAUAUGUUAUGUUCUUCAACAAGACAUAUUUUUUCCAGAUCUAACUUUAAGACAAACCUUAGAAUACCAAGCAAGACUGAGAUUAUCGGACGUAAUGUCGCACGCACAAAAAAUGCAAUACGUCGAUCAUAUCAUAGAUGUUUUAGAAUUAAAUAAUUGUCAAGACACAAUCAUCGGGGACUAUCUCAAAAGGGGUUUGAGCGGGGGCGAAAAGAAAAGAGCAAAUAUUGCCUGCGAAUUAUUGACAAAUCCAUCGCUGAUGCUUUUGGAUGAACCAACGUCAGGUUUGGAUUCACACGCAGCUCACAGUCUAAUGAUGACAUUGAAACGAUAUGCAGUUUCUGAAGGAAAAACUGUAGUGAUAACGUUACACCAGCCUUCGUCACAGAUCUUCCAUUUAUGUGAUAAGCUCCUGCUGCUUUGCAAUGGCAGGACUGCUUAUUUCGGUGACACCUGUAAAGUAGUGGAUUUUUUCAGCAGCGUUGGACUUAACAUUAUGCCUCACUACAAUCCAGCCGAUUUCAUUUUGGAACAAAUCAAAGGACCUCAGGAUGUACGACAGAAAAUUAUACUAGCGGCCGAGGAAGCGAGAAAAAACAAAGACUACCCCAUAGAAUUAAGAUGUCACGACGUUUCGUUUAUUACGGAAAAGUACGACCAUAAAAUUUUGCCACCAUCACAUGGACCAUAUCCUAGUUUAGAACAAGAUGCAUUAAACCAAAUGGAACCCGACGUGAGACGAUUGUGGUUGGAUACGCACUCGCACGCCUCCUCGUCGGUCAGUUCCGAUACCAACGACGCAGACUGUUACUUUUCCUGGCCCACAAGCUUCUGGACGCAAUUCAAAGUGUUGGCGCAACGGAAUUUCCAGGAAGCAAGGCCGAGGAUGUUGUCGAAAUUGAAUUGGGUUCAAACUAUUGGUUUGGGUAUUUUGGCGGGUCUCUUAUGGUUUCAGCUUGAAAGGAGAGAAGAGGCCUUGCACGAUAUCCAAGGAUGGAUGUUUUUUUCGACGACAUAUUGGAUGUUGUUUGCUCUAUUUGGAGCUUUAAGUUCAUUUCCUCCAGAACGUGAAGUAAUAAACAAAGAAAGGCGAUCUGGUGCCUACAGAUUGUCCGCCUACUAUCUAGCCAAAAUGGUUGGAGAGUUACCAUUAACCAUCACCCUUCCAGCUAUUUAUCAUUUUAUUUCAUAUCCUAUGUUAGGAUUUCAUUCACCGUUAGUGUUCCUUACUCUAUUAGGUUUCUUAUUAUUAAACACUGUUGUAGCUCAAAGUGUUGGAUUUUUCAUUGGAGCCUGUUGUAUGGAUAUGCAGGUUAGCAUAACCAUGAGUGCCCUAUACACUCUAGCCACUCAACUAUUCGGAGGUUAUUUAGCCACAAAUAUUCCUCCAUGGUUGACGUGGAUGAGAUAUACCUCAAUGGUACACUACGCUUACCAAAAUAUGCAAAUUGUUGAGUUCAGCGAUGGUUUGCCGAUACUGUGCGCGAAAAAAUCUAAAUUCGCUAUUUGCCAAAUGUCUGACUCUAUACCGGUUACGUCGAUACUAGAGGCCCAAGGGACUUACCUACCUUUGUGGGCCAACACGUUAGUUCUCUUAGGUUUCCUGUUCGUUUUUAGGUUGCUGGGCUAUAUGGUUCUCAGAUACUUUAACACACCCAAAUAAUAUUAUUCUUUUUAACCUAAAUUUAGCACUGGAAAACAAGAAUUUAAUAUUAUGCCAAAAAAAAAGAGAAAAAUAUAAGAUCACUGAUUUAAUAAUAAUUAUUAUUGAAUAUUUUAUUCUUAAUGUUGAUGAAAUGUAUAGACUGAUUGUAUUAGAUUUUAAAAUUUCAGAACAAAAUCUCAAAUAAUUAAUUUAAAAAAAAAAUAGUUAGGUGCAUAUAGCCUUUUUCUAUUAGGCAAAACGACUGCUUUUCUAAUUUUUCAAAAAAACAGUUCUGCCACUUUUUUUUCCAGUGUUUAAUCGUUUUUUUAAUACCAAAUUGUGAUAUCUACAAUAGUUUUCUGAAUAAGAACGCCACCGAUAAUUAAUUAAUCGAUUAGUUAUGUAUUUAUUCGAUAAUCAGGUAAUUAUUUCUUUUCACAGAUAAUAAUUUGUAACGUUUCCUCCCGAUAUUUUUUGAGAAUUUUAUAUGAAUGCCUACAUUACAUUAUUACAUUACUACUACUACAGUUAAGUGAGUUAUAUUUUGGACAGUUUUUCUGCAAAACAAAAAUAACCCAUAAUAGAAACAUACACAGGCUGUGCUUAAGAGUAACUUUUUUCAUAACUUUUAAUUUUUUUUUUAUAUAAUCAUUAUUAUUACAUUUAAGUGUUAGUUUUUAAGUGUAAUCAUUCCAGUUACGUUUUCAAAACUGAUUUUGGAUCAAAAUAAGGCAAAAAGGAGUGGCUGCACCAUGUGCCUUUUCAAAAACAAGUAUUCUACGUGCCAAUAAAAAUUAUUAUUUUUUUCGUUAAAAAUAAGCAACCAGCUAUAGCUACUGCCAGACACUGAAAGGGAGAAUUUCGUUUUUAAGGUUUUUAAUCACUAAAAAUUAUGCGUGCACUGUGACUGAAUUGUGUGAUACCGUUGGUUUAUAGUUUAGGAAUGGUGCUAAAGAUUUAUUGGAUUUGUGACGAAAUAGAGCUCAGAAUCUUUAUUGUUUUAACGAUAUCAGAAUGUCCAUUUCGACUAAGCUGGAUUUUGAUGUUCAUAUUUUGAUGUUAUAUUCCUAUAAUUACACUGAAAUGUUAUUCCGUAGCUCAUGAAACAAAGCUAUAAAGAUCCUAAAGUAAUAACUGAUAAAUCCCACUAAUAGAAAAUCAUUUGGUGUCAGCUCUAUUUUGUCUCAAUACCAAAACAAUCACUUGUGUUCUUUUGAAGAAAAUUUAUUAAACCUCUAUUUUUUUUUCAAUCAAUCACUGUUCAGAAACCAAUAAGACUGCUUCGUAAUUUUUUCAAGCAUCAUUUUUUUUUCAUUAAUUUUCCCAAUACUCAUAUACAUAAAAUAUAAUUCAUUUACAUCACCAUGCAUUUUUUUUUCUGUCAUAAUUAUUAGAUUAGUAAUUAAGUUCAUACCUGACGAUGAUGAUUACCAAUUAAGUGUUCCAUCAUAUUUAGUCAAAGACAACCUACGGCCCCAAGAAUUGUUGCAAGCUCACCAAAAAAAACACGGAACCUUGUACAGAUAUUUUUAUUAUUUAUUUUUUAUCAAUUUGUGUUUUUUUGUGUGGGGAAUAAAAUUGGAGGGGCUCGUAUGUAAUAUAACCAUAUACAGAAUAUGUUUUUUGCCUCUUUUUUUUUUGUUGUCUCUUUAAUCUUAUGUAAAUAUUUUAUUUAGGUUUAUCAUUUAUGUGUAAAUACCAAAUGGUGGGUCAUCCGAAUGCCUUUUUGGUGACCCACCAAGGAUCCUAUACGAAAUUUUUCGGAAAUUCUUCUCCUAUUUAUAUCAAAAUGUAUCCCCUUUUUCGUAUGUAAUCUAGUAAGCACAUUAUUAUAUUUAUGUAAGUAUCUAUAAAUUUUAGGACAAUAAAUAUUAAGAAUAAGAUCCGAAUUUUAAAAUCAGUGAGCGAAAAAAAAUUGAAUGUACACUGAUUUUUCAAUGCAAAAGGACUAAACUACAAUAUUGAAUUUGUGUUUUUAGUUUUACCUUAAAAGAAGUCCAAUAAUAAUUAUCAUGUGCAUGUUCAAUCAUUAUCAACAUAUAUGAUGAGUCUUGGCCUACUUUUCUCAUAUCUUCCUUGAUGUUUCUCUAUAUCAUCAGCAAAGAUCAUAAUUUGAUUUUUGUUUUCAUUUGAGCGAUUCUAAUGAUUUUUUUGAGAAAAUUGUACAGAAGAGAGCCUGGAAUUCUUAUAAAUAUUUCUACAAGAAGCAUAACAUCUCUGUUAAAAAUAUGUCAUAAUAAUUUUCUGCUCCUUCAACUUUAUAUGGAUUGAGGAGUUUUUUAGAGUCUUGUCUCUAGUUAAGAACUUUUUUCUGUCACGUCAGCUCAAGGCAAAAAGCUCAUUUUCUCAUACUUUCAUUGGUUUCUCAAUGCUGACGUUGUCCUUUUCAUCUGCAUUUGAAAUUAUUUGUAUUUUCUUUUAAGGUAAAAUUUAAAAAAUUAAUUCUACCAUAGUAAAAUUUAUUGUUAAAAAAACAAGUUUAGGCAAUCUUUUAUACACAUUUUUUUUUUAGAACAUUAUAUCGAUGUUACUAGGUGUAAAUCAAAAGAAAAUUUUAAUCAACUAUUCGCUUUUUGAUGUUCGAAAUUUUACUGAAAAUUAUAAUAUUUGUAGUCCAUCUAAUAAAUAAAUAAAAAGACCAAACCUCGUACUGCCAUUUUUUAUAUAAAUAAAUUUAAAAAAUUCCUGUAUUGUUUUUUUUUAAUAUUGAAAUAAAUGUUAAUAAAUAUCGAAAAAAAAAAAUGUAUUCAUAUCAUACUUUUUCUUUUCUUCCUUCCUUAUAUACCUUUUUUUAGAUAAUAUUGAGUUAUGUUAUUUGUUCAUUGUGUAUAUUUUAAAACAACCACAACCAUCAUAUUAUUAUUAUUGUACAGACAAAAAAAAAAAUUAGAAACUCCUUGUAUUUA